AUGCAGUCGCCAGAACUUUUACCAGCACCUGCCUGAAGAUGUUGAGGCUCCUCGUACUAGCUGCUCUCGUCCUUUGUGGACAAUGUUCUGAUGAUAUCCAGUAUUUGGAGGAUAGCAAUACUCGUGUAGUUGGAGGAACCAAUGCUGCCAAGAAUGCAUGGCCAUGGCAGGUAACUCUCCAGUAUCAGUCUGGAAGCAGCUGGUAUCACACUUGUGGUGGUACUUUGAUCCGAUCUAACCGUGUCCUAACCGCAGCUCACUGCGUAGACAGAGUCAUGACCUUCCGUGUGGUUUUGGGAGAACACAACCUGAGCCAGAAUGAUGGUACUGAGCAAUUUAUCUCUGUGUCAAGGAUUGUAAAACACGCCAGCUGGAACUCCAAUAAUGUGGCGAAUGGUUAUGAUAUUGCCAUCCUGUACUUGGCCUCCAGUGCUGUCCUGAACAGCUAUGUGAAAGUGGCUGCACUGCCAAGUGAUGGAGCCGUCCUGGCCAACAAUUACAACUGCAUUGUUACUGGAUGGGGCAGAACUAGCACCAAUGGGUCCCUCCCCUCCAUCCUGCAGCAGGCCCCUCUGCCCGUCGUAGCUCAUUCUACCUGCUCCAGCAGCUCCUACUGGGGAAGCACAGUCAAGUCCACCAUGGUCUGCGCUGGUGGUGAUGGAGUCCGUGCUUCAUGCAAUGGAGAUUCUGGUGGACCCCUUAACUGCGCUGUCAACGGUGUUUACCAGGUGCAUGGAAUCACUAGUUUUGGUUCUUCCCUUGGAUGCAACACCUACCUCAAACCAUCUGUCUUCACCAGAGUUUCUGCCUACAUCUCUUGGAUCAAUGCUAAUGUCUAAACACGGCUAAUCCAAGAAACUACCGCUGAGCACAUCUGAAGACAUCUAACGUGUUUCAGUAAUGAUCUAACAAUUGGAAUUCUGUUUUCAUAAACCUAAUUCUAAUAAAGAUACAUUUCACAAAGAA